CCAGCUACUGUCAGUGGUGCAGCGCUGCUCGGAAGGCGCCCUGGGCGAGCUCGUAGGAGCUUGAGACCUUUGCAGUCCCUUCAGGUUCCUAUCGGUUGGAAGAAAAAAUGGUUGAAGCAGAUCGACCAGGAAAGCUCUUUAUUGGUGGUCUCAAUACAGAGACAAAUGAGAAAGCCCUUGAGGCAGUAUUUGGCAAAUAUGGACGAAUAGUGGAAGUGCUUUUGAUGAAGGACAGAGAAACCAACAAAUCAAGAGGAUUUGCUUUUGUCACUUUCGAAAGCCCAGCAGAUGCAAAGGAUGCUGCCCGAGACAUGAAUGGAAAGUCCUUAGAUGGAAAAGCCAUCAAGGUGGAGCAAGCCACCAAACCAUCAUUCGAAAGUGGCAGACGUGGGCUACCUCCACCUCCAAGAAGCCGAGGCCCCCCCAGAGGUCUUAGAGGAACAAGAGGAGGAAGUGGAGGGACUAGAGGACCACCCUCCCGAGGAGGACACAUGGAUGAUGGUGGCUAUUCCAUGAAUUUUACCAUGAGUUCUUCGAGGGGGCCUCUUCCAGUAAAAAGAGGACCACCACCACGAAGUGGGGGUCCUCCUCCUAAAAGAUCAGCACCUUCAGGACCAGUUCGUAGCAGCAGUGGAAUGGGAGGAAGAGCCCCUGUGUCACGUGGAAGAGAUAGUUAUGGAGGCCCACCACGAAGGGAGCCCCUUCCCUCUCGCAGAGAUGUUUAUUUGUCCCCAAGAGAUGAUGGCUAUUCCACUAAAGACAGCUAUUCAAGUAGAGACUAUCCAAGUUCUCGAGAUACGAGAGAUUAUGCACCUCCACCAAGAGAUUAUACUUACCGUGAUUAUGGUCAUUCCAGUUCACGUGACGACUACCCAUCAAGAGGCUAUAAUGAUAGAGAUGGAUAUGGCCGGGAUCGGGAUUAUUCAGACCAUCCAAGUGGAGGUUCCUACAGAGAUUCAUAUGAGAGUUAUGGUAACUCACGUAGUGCUCCACCUACACGAGGGCCCCCGCCAUCUUAUGGUGGAAGCAGUCGCUAUGAUGAUUACAGCAGCUCACGUGACGGAUAUGGUGGAAGUCGAGACAGUUAUUCAAGCAGCCGAAGUGAUCUCUACUCAAGUGGUCGUGAUCGCGUUGGCAGACAAGAACGAGGGCUUCCCCCUUCUAUGGAAAGGGGGUACCCUCCUCCACGUGAUUCCUACAGCAGUUCAAGCCGCGGAGCACCAAGAGGUGGUGGCCGUGGAGGAAGCCGAUCUGAUAGAGGGGGAGGCAGAAGCAGAUACUAGGAACAAACAAAACUUUUGGACCAAAAAUCCCCAUUCAAAGAAACAAACAAAAAUGGAAACUUUCUGUCAUAAACUACCCAAGGACUACUAAAAGGAAAGAUUGUGUUACCUUUUUUAAAAUUUCCUGUUCUCCUUAAUAAUUUUUAUGUUCUUGUGAGGGAAAAAGUAAGACAUGUUUAAUUUUAUUUGAUAUUAUGAGUUGCUUUCAACAAGCAAAUGUUAAAUGUGUAAGCCUUGACUUGUAAUAGUGUUGUAAUUUUCCAAGUAAAAGUGUCCCUGAAGGCCACUUCCUGAUUUUUCCCAGUAAAUGAGGAAAGCAAUCUAAGAUCUUCCACAAACUUUCAGCCAUAUAGAUGUCCUUUGGUCUCCAUUGAGGGAUGAAUCACCCUACCUAUGCAGACAAGCCAGCUAUUAGAGAGGGUUGGUUGGGUGUGCUACUCUUAGGAUUUCAGGGUGUCUUCCAACUGAAAUCUCAAUGUUCACAGUAUAAAAACAAAACAACCCUGAGAUCAGAUGCCUAGGAAUGUGCUAUUACCCAGAAACCCAAAAAAGCAAAUGGAUGCUGGCCAUAUUUUGCUUUUCUGACAUUUCCUUGGGAAUCUACAAGAAACCUCCCUUUUCCCCUCCCCUAGUAAGACCAUUUAAGUGUGUGUUAAACAACUACAGAAUACUAAAUAAAAAGUUUGGCCAAAACCAACCAUGAAGCUGCAAAACCAUGCUUGCUCUUACUGUUUCAAAUUUUUGCAACUCUGUAGUGUCUCACUUUUAAAGGAACAGCUUGAUUGCAAAGGAGAAAAUAGAUAAGCAAUGAAGUUAUCUCCAACUUCCUAAAGGCUUAUGACUUCUAAAAAGUGAAUCUAUCAGCAUUCCACAUCAGAUUUAAAGCACCAAAUGCCUGUGAAACAGCAAAGAUGGUUGAACCUAAUGGUCAUACUGUAAUGGAGUGCUGAUUGAUUCACAGCAGAUAAAGCUGGCAGUAAGAAAAAAAUCAAAUGCUCAGAGUUGUUGAAGCAGAGGAAUGCUGAGACUAAGCUGCAGCAGUUACAUUCCCAGUGCUCAUCAGAAUUGGUUUGGUAUAGGCAGUAGAUUAUUUUUGUCUUCAUGGGAGGGAGGCAUCAGUGAUGGUUAAACCUUAAUUAGGGAGUGGUGAUCAUUUAAAAUUGACCAAAGGAAGAGAGGGAGAUGGGGAAAUUGGUAAGUGGAGGUACCCAGGCAAGAAGUUCUCGUGGCUCUUUGUGUAGAUUUAGUACUUAGGCAAAAUAAUGGGGCAACUGUGCAAUUGAGAGCUGAUGCUCACAGACUAAUUGAGUUAGCUGGGACUGUAACUCCAUGGUGGAGUGUCUGCCUAAGUACAAGUGAAGCCAGGAGUUCAGUCCCUGGCACCACACACAGAAAAAGAACACUCAUCGGAACACUGCUUCCAUGAUAACUUCCACUGAUGUCUGGUUUUUCAGCCAUUAAACCAUUUGAGGAAUUACCUUAUCAGAAAAAAACCUUCCCUGGCCUAUAAAACUUCAAAGGGGAGGAGCAAUGCUAGGAAAUAAAAAUAAAAAACGGAAACAUUGUUAAGUUAGUGGGAAGCAUGCUGGCAACAAAUAUAGGUCACCAGGUCAGUGUAGUUUUAUAAAGGUACUUGACCUCAGGUCUCAAGCUUAGAAAAAACAAAUCAUGAUCGAAGUCUGGUAUUGCUUUGGAAUCUUAAGAGCCAGUAGUGUUAAGUGUUGGUGUUAUCAAAGGAACCAUGUUGUAGGGUUAAAGGAUUUUACUCAAAGGAACCAGGUUGUAGAGUUAAAGAAUUUUAUUCAACUUCUGAGAUUUUUCUUACAAAGUCAUUUAGUACUAUUAUGUUUAACAUUUAUGACUAGGGAGAAUGAUCCAAAACACUUAAGCCUCAUUGAUCACAUUUCUCAUCAGAUGGUGAGGGUACUCACCAAAUUUUAGUAGUUGUACCUGAAUAGCUACCUUAACUCAAGCCCUCAGUAGUCUAAUAGUUCCUUCUGUCAAGAUCCUUCAACUCUCAAGCAUUGAUUUAGAUUUCUUAACAGUAGUUUAGCAUAGGGAAUACUAGAGUAAAAUUAAAUGCUAAAUUCAAAGUAAGGAAUGGGAAGAAAUUACCCAGAGACCUUUUUGACAAAUAGUAAAAUUUACAGACCCAACAGUUCUUUUAAAAUCUUCAAUUAGAAGGAAAAACUGUCUUUGAUUCUUCUGGCUAUGCACUGGUUGUAAAAGAUUUUGAAUAAUACAAGAAGUGGUGUGGUUUUCUUGGUAUGAUAGUUGGAUGUUGAGUUUAGGUAUUGUAGAUCACUUUUUGGAAUGUUUUGUGCUGAAACCCAAUAAAACUUGAACAUGGA